AUGGACCCCCCAUUCAAUGACUUUCCAAGGGCGCCGUAUACCGAGUCCGGGGAGUCCCUGGACUCAGGAUUAGGCCCAUCAUCGGGUCACAUAGAUUUUGGUACAGGCUAUGGCGAUGCAUUCAGAGGUCAUAUGCCACGGAAAGACUACGAACGUGAUCUCGCCGGUAUUCGGACGUGUUGCUACUUAGAGCACGAUGCGAUACCCCAGAGUUUAGACUUCGACCUAGGUAUGACUGUGUAUGAUUUACCUGAGCUGCAGCAACUAGCAGACGCAGCUUCCCAGACAAUCCCUCCGUUAAACGCAUCUCAACUAUCAAAUUUGAAGGUCCAGCUUGAAGCCGCCCAGCAGCAGGUGGAUAUGCAGCUUCGAGAGCUAUUCUCAGCCAGCAACGGACCGCAAUUACUCCACCUCAGGUCUCCUAGUGAUCUUCCUACUAGUCCUUUGGGAGCAUUUUGUUGUCAUAUGUGCAAAGAAGAACAGAGCAUCUACGAGGAGCUUUCUUUCUUCAAACAACAUCUUGAAGAUAUGCAUGGUGUUCAGCAAUGGGAAUACCGUUGCCUUCAGCCCGAUUGCACUCUUACUGUACCACAUCAAUGUGAGAUGAAGGAACACAUGGGAAAUGCACACGAGCAAAGUCCAAGUCUCUAUCAGCUAGCAGAGAGCAGAAUCGAACUCCCAUGCCCAAACUUUUGCGAAACAUGCUCUCAGCCCACAGCGACCUGGGACAACUUUUAUCAGCAUGCAAACCCAUGA